CGUGGAGUGGGAACGUGGUGGUGCCUGGGGUGGGGGCGGGAACCCCGCGCGGGCGGGCUGGCGGGGUGUGGGACGCCGCCGAGGGGCGGAGCCGGGCCGCCGAGGCCCCUCCCCGCAGCGGCCCGGCGGCCCGGCCUGUGAUUCGGCUCGCGAUCCAGCGGCCCCGCGCAGCACCAGUGGCUGGGGGAGUCGGCCCCCGCCAGGGCCGAGAGCCACCCCCAACCCGAAGCCGGAGACGGAGCUGGAGCGGCUGCCGCAUCCCGGCCCGACCUCCCCUGUCCCCAUCCAACCCCCCCCCAGCUGGACAUCUGGACUCUGGGCCCCCGCACCCACAGGGUUCCGGAAACCCUCUCCGUCCAGCUCGGCGGCCCAGCCCGCGCCGCCCUCUCUCUCCAGGAGCCCACCAGCCCUCCUGCAGACCAGACUUUCGUCCACCCGUGGACGCCCCCUCGCCGUCCCCUCGCUCCCCCCCUCCCCCAGCCUGGACCCGGGUAGGAGGGAGGGGGGGGUGUGCGCCCUGCGCCAUCCCCGCCCCGCCCCCCCGUGAUUCCCCCUGCAUGGCCGGCCCGGGUGGGGGCGCGGGGGGGCCCAGGCGCCAUGCGGGGGGGACACAAGGGGGGUCGCUGUGCCUGUCCCCGUGUGAUCCGAAAAGUGCUGGCGAAAUGCGGCUGCUGCCUCGCCCGGGGGGGACGUGAAUCUUACUCCAUUGCCGGCAGUGAGGGGAGUAUAUCGGCUUCUGCUGCCUCAGGUCUGGCUGGGCCCUCGGGCGCCAGCUCGGGCCUGAGCUCUGGGCCCUGCUCCCCGGGUCCUCCAGCACCAGUCAGUGGCCUGAGGAGAUGGUUGGAUCAUUCCAAACACUGUCUUAAUGUGGACCCGGAGGCAGAUGGGAGUCAGGCGGGACCAUGCAAGAACUGGAUGCCGGAGCCAACUCGAGCCACAGGAGAAGAGCUGCCGGAAUUAACCUUACUGACCACCUUACUAGAAGGUCCUGGAGAUCAGACACAGCCCCCUAAAGAGGAGACUCUCCCAGAAGAGGAGGCUCUAUCUCAAGUACCUGAGAGUGAGGAAGAACAGAAGAAGGCGGCCCUGGAAAGGAGCAUGUACGUCCUGAGUGAACUGGUAGAAACAGAGAAAAUGUACGUGGACGACUUGGGGCAUGUUGUGGAGGGCUACAUGGCCACCAUGGCAACUCAGGGGGUGCCUGAGAAUCUUCGCGGCCGGGACAGGAUUGUGUUCGGGAACAUCCAGCAGAUUUACGAGUGGCACCGAGACUAUUUCCUGCAGGAGCUACAGCGGUGCUUAAAGGAUCCUGAUUGGUUGGCUCAACUAUUCAUCAAACACGAACGCCGGCUGCAUAUGUAUGUGGUGUAUUGUCAGAAUAAGCCCAAGUCAGAGCAUGUGGUGUCAGAGUUUGGGGACAGCUACUUUGAGGAGCUCCGACAGCAGUUGGGGCAUCGACUGCAGCUCAACGACCUCCUCAUCAAACCCGUGCAGCGGAUCAUGAAAUAUCAGCUGCUGCUCAAGGAUUUUCUCAAGUAUUACAGCAGGGCUGGGAUGGCUACUGAAGAGCUAGAGCAAGCCGUGGAGGUCAUGUGCUUUGUGCCCAAGCGUUGCAAUGACAUGAUGACCUUGGGCAGGCUGCGGGGCUUCGAGGGCAAGCUGACUGCUCAAGGCAAGCUCUUGGGUCAGGAUACAUUCUGGGUCACAGAACCUGAGGCUGGAGGGCUACUCUCUGCCCGGGGUCGUGAGAGGCGUGUCUUCCUCUUCGAGCAAAUUGUCAUUUUCAGCGAGGCCCUGGGAGGAGGUGGGCGAGGAGGAACACCACCAGGAUACGUUUAUAAGAACAGCAUUAAGGUGAGCUGCCUGGGCUUGGAGGGGAACCUCCAAGGUGACCCUUGCCGCUUCGCAUUGACCUCCAGAGGCCCCGAGGGCGGAAUCCAGCGUUACAUCCUGCAGGCAGCAGAGCCUGCAGUCAGUCAGGCCUGGAUCAAGCAAGUGGCACAAAUCCUGGAAAGCCAGCGGGACUUUCUUAAUGCAUUGCAGUCACCCAUCGAGUACCAGAGACGGGAGAGCCAGACCAACAGCCUGGGGCGGCCAGGAGGCCCUGGCAUGGGGAGCCCCGGGAGAGGCCGGCCUGGUGAGCAGGCCCAGGUUGGCCCACGUGGGCCCAUCAACGGCUCUCUCCCUUCCCUGCUGCUGCCCAAGGGUGAGGCAGCCAGAGCCCCCCUGACCCUGGAUGCACAGGAACUCAAGGACGUCCCCAGGGCUCCUCCGGACCCUCCCCCCGGCCCUCCAGUUCCUCCUAUCCCUGCUGGCCUGGCCAGACUUGCCAAGCUGGAUGAAGAUGAGCUGUAAGCAGUGAAAACCACGAGGUGGCGCUCACUCAGCUCCCAGCUCCCAGGAACGCAGGGCCCUCCAUGCAGCAGCGGCAGUGGCAAUGACAGAGGUUGCUCUGUGCAAGCCAUAGCUCUUUGAUGUGCAUGGAGGGCAGGCGAGGCUGGGAAAUGAUGACAGCAGCUUGGGGAAGAGAACCUAGACCCCGAAGGACUUCUUUCUGCCCAAGAUCCUUUGGUUCCCACCCCUAUGCAUGCAUCAUAGUCUCCCAAGAAGGAGGUUAUGGGGGGGUGGGCUGGGGCAAGAACCAGAUAGAUGCUCCUGGUUUGAUUUUUUCCUCCCUGUUUUCUGAGAAUAAAAGGUUUUGUGAUA